AUGGCGCUAGCGCUUCCGACCGAGUCCAUCGCGGCUAGUUCGGCAGCAGAGAUGAAAGAGUAUAGUGCAGCGGAAGCACACGAGAGCGUGUUUGUCAACUGCUGUGUUGUUGCUCCACCCUGCGACGAGAACGAGCGCAAACGUGUUGACGUUGUCGUGGUGUUGGAUCGCUCGGGAAGCAUGAGCAGGGAAAAGUUGGACCUAUGCAAGAAAACGCUCGACUUUCUAGCGCAGCAACUCACGGCAAACGACCGCGUCGGGUCUCCCGUUCUUGUCGGACUCGAAACCCAACUUACCGUGCAAUCGAUUCUCCUCCUCACAGAUAGCCAGGCCAACGAAGGUGUGACGCACAUCGUCGGACUCUCCAGCAUCGUUGAAACUUGCCUGCCUCGCCACGUGUCCCUGCACACGUUCGGGUACGGCAACGGCCACGACGCAUCGCUCCUGACCAAACUCGCGGACCGCGGCUCGUACUACUUUGUCGAGAACGUCGACGCCGUCAUGCUGGCGUUCGCCGACUGCCUCGGCGGCCUGGCCAUCAUGACCAAACGGCCCACGACCGUCCAAAACUCCACCGCCGUCGUCCAACUCGGCGACAUGUACGCUGACGAGAUGCGCGACCUGGUGGUGGAGCUCGCGCGGCCGGCCUCCGACACCUCCGUCUACGUGGUGUUUCAAGUGCGGGCGGUGGAAGCGAUGGAAGCGGCCUAG